AUGGCUGUGCCCGCGGCAGCUCCGCUGCCCUGCCCGCUCCUCCUCGCCGUGUGCUGGGUGGCGGCCGCGGCGGCGGCGGCAGGAGCAAAAGUUCUUCCGUCUCCAUCCAACUUGAACUAUUCACUGACCCAUAUCUGUACUCUGACCUGGACGUGGAACCCCCCAGAGAACAUCAGCAGUAGCUGCAACCUGGAGUAUUCCAGUGACAUCGUCAUUAAUGGGGUUCCUGAGGACAGAAGAGAAUGGAGUAAGAGCCGAUUUCGUGUGACGGACGCGCACUUGAGUGAGGAAAUGCGCCUCAGAGUGAGAAGUGAGUGCAAGAAUGACAACACCAGUGAGCCCAGCCCCUGGUUGGAGACCUCCCUCCUGCCAAAAGGUAUUCCAGGUACUGCUGCUGUUGACUUGGGCUGUGUCUGGCACAAUCUGGAGUACAUGGCUUGUACCUGGCAUCGUGGGGAGAACGCAAGCAGUGACACCAACUACACUUUGUUCUACUGGUUUGAUGGCUUGGAAAACCCUAAGAGCUGUAGCAACUCCUCUGUAGACCAAGGAAUCUUUGAAUGCAUUUUCAAUCUUACUUUCCCAAAAGACAGGAGAACUUAUCCUGAUAUAAGUAUUUUGAUAAGAGGUGAUUCUGAAGAAGUCAGGCCUGUAUGUGCAAGUAAAAAUCCUACCACCCUCGUAAAACCUGCCACACCAAGACAAUUGACAUUGUCAAAGACUAAUGAUGGAAUUGAUGUAAAGUGGAGUGAAUCAGAAACUUUUCCAAAAAGUUGUUUGCAGUAUGAAGUUAAGUAUAGCAGUGGUGAUUUGGACACUGGUCAGAUCAUUGCAUCUGAGAGGAGUUCUGUGUCAAUUGCUGGCAUUGAUGCUCACAGCAAGUACAGCUUCAGAGUGAGGGCAAAGCCAAAGCGGGAGUGCUACAACAGCCACCUCCAAAGUGACUGGAGCGAGGAAAGGAGCAUCGGUGAGAAGAGGGACUCUACAAUCUAUUUAGUUCUAAUAAUUACCAUUCCAUUAAUAGUUGCAGUAUCUACAAUAAUUCUACUGAUUUAUCUAAAAAGGCUGAAGAUAUUAAUUCUUCCACCAAUUCCGGACCCAAGGGAAAUUCUCAAGCGCAUGUUUGGAGAGCAGAACGAGGAUUCCCAGAGCUCUGCAAAGGACGACCCCAUGAAUGCUUUUGACACGUUAAUUAUAGAAGAAGAAAUUCAUUCUUUAAUUUUAACAGAACCUUCAGAGAGCACUAAUCCUGAAAAAGAAAACAGGUAGACUCUGCUUUAUCAAAGAAAGAGGAGGAAGCUGAUUCCUGCUCCUGUACCUCAGGUGACAGUAGAUGUGAAGAGGCCUGUGAGGCACUGGGCAGCUCUUCCUUCUGCAUCACUAACAGUGGCUGUUCCUCCAGCUCUGCCAGAAAUACCCAUCUGAGCUCAGGAUGAGCCUGUGUGAAAUCCCCUGGGACUGCACUGUGGGUUCCCUGCUCUGGCUUCAGCCAGCUCUGCCCUGCAAUUGUUACUGCCGCUCGCACUUGUGUUUGUGCCUCACACCACACUGUCAGGGUUGUUUGUUUUUGGUUUUUUUGUUUUGGAGCAAGCACUGUGACUUCUCUGAAGUAUUUGGUUCUGUUUGCAGUGGGUGGGAUGGGUCAUUCGUGCUACCACGUGGGGUGGCAGAGCAUGGACUGUUUGUGGAUAACCCUUUGUGUGCCUGGGCUGGGCACUCUCUGGAGGGCACUUAUGGACUGAGCUUCUUGUGCUUCUGCCCAUCAGCUGGGGCUUGGUCAAAUCCCACCAAAGAGGGUAUUUUUUUAAUUUGAAAAUGUGUAUGAAAAGCCUCUGCUUUCCAGCUGGUGUUCAGAAUAUUCAUAAAAAAGGCUUAGUUUUAUUAUCCUGUCAAUUGCCUGUCCUCAGAUGCCUUGUCUUCAUGGACUUCUUGGGUUAAUUAUACUUUGUGUAAAAAGAGAAAUAUAUUUUUUUUUACUUCUGUGCAGUAGCAGAUAACUGUAUUGAGUCUCACCAGACUGUGAUUCUACUUUGGCCAUAUUGGCCUGAAGACAUCUAAUUUUUAGCAGCUAAGUUGUCCUGAGCCUGUUCAGCAAAAACAUCAGGAUGGACCAUGAGUCUAAGGAGAGGUGGUCAAAAGGAUUAGCAAAUGUUAAACCACUGAAACCCAACUAAUGCAAAGGCUUCAAGACCCAUCCUUACUGCCAAACUGAUGGAUCUGGGGAAGAGGGGGUGACAACCUUGACCUGUUUUCUAAGAAAUAAGUUUUAUUCUUUUUAUAGUGAUGAGACUCUGAUUUGAGCUUCCCCUCUAGGACUUAGUAAUGUAAAAGAAGGUGCUGAUUUGACUUUUUAAAAAAUAUUUCUUCUGUAUUUUACAGGUGUAAAAUAUUUCUUCUAUAUUGUGACAGGUGUUUUAUGUUGUUGUUUUGUUCAUUCUUUGAUGGUUUUGUUUUGAGGGUUCUUUACCCAGCAAAGCUCAGCAGGUGUUUUCUGGACAACUGUGACAUUUUUCUGUCUGCAUUCUCAGCAUUAGUUUCUGCCCUGUGCUGCAAGGGUGGUUACAGUGGUACCUUGAUUGUGCUGGAGGAAGAAGAUAAUGGAAUGGAGAGAAAAGGAUCCAUGGAAGCCCUUCAUGGCUAGUGCUCAGGGAUUUCUUGCUCCUUCCAGAUAAGUGUAGACAUGUGAGUUGUGGAUGUGGGCAGGCUUAGCAUACUGAGAAGAGAUCUCCUGAUAGGCUUUCUAGGAGCAGACCAUAGCUACUAACCUUUUAAAGUUCAUCCUUGUCUUCAAACUCCAUUCAGUCAAAAAAAUGAAACUAAAUGCUAUGUUUUUAGAACAUAUUGUUCUGCAAGAAGUAGAAUGAGUACCACAGGCUUUUUAGCUACAAAUGUGCAUCUUUUAUGCACUUAUGUAUUCCCUCCUUAUUAAUACAUCCAAUUCUCUCCCCAUUGUUCACUGAGCCUCUCAAAUACAGUUUUUUCCAUGUCUCUUAUCCUUCUUUUGUUAGUGGUAGAAAGGAGAGGAGAAAUGUAGCAGAACUAGCAGACCCCAGAGUAACACAAGCCUUUUACCUCCAAUCAGGCUAAAAAACCCCCAACAUUAUAAAAAUUAUUAAAUGAGACAAAAUAAAAAUAAAACCUCAGGGAUUUCAGUGAGAAAAAACUCAGGUUAUACAAAGUCAGCUAGUAGCACUCUCUGAAAUUCCAGAGAUUAAGUAAUAGCAUGAGAAGAGUAAUUACAUUCCUUGCUGAAUUCAUUCCCUCUGCAACACUGAUGUUCUUAUAAUGAUAAAUAUUCCUUCAAUCUACCUCAUCUGGAAUGUUGCUCAACAUAGACCACUAGGCAGAAAUGUAUAGUUUCAAGAUAAGUAAACAUAACUGUAAUAUAAAGUUUUGUAGCUUUCACCAUAACAAUCUAGGAAAAUCAGUACUUACCCCUAAAUUCUUUUGACUUUUAUGGUGGUGUCUAUAACAAAACCAAAACUUACUAGCUUUUAAAAAAAAACCCAAACCAACAAAAAACCCCAAACAAAUUUGUAAAGCCAUAGAAUGAAAAAAAAAGGAUGGAAGGUGUUAGGCCAAAAGGAAGAUUUAAAUGCUAAGGAUGGUUUAAGUCACUAUAUAGAAAGGUUUUGAAUAACACUAGUUGACACUUCCUCAUGGAUUCAUUUAUUGAGCCUGUGUUUCAGCAUGUAAAGCAAGUAUCUGAAUAUACUUUCACCUUUAACAUGUUUUUUUUUUUAAGGUAAGAGGUUUUUUAGCUUGAAAUUAUCCAGAUUUUGCUAUGAUUUUUUUUUCUUCAUUGCAGUUACUUGAUCUGUAAAUUUGUUCAGAGUGAAUAAAUGUGAUUGAAUGCUUUUCAGUGUAAUGGCAUGGCAUUUUGUUCUUGGGUUGAGGAGAUUAAACUGAGGCUGAAGAGGGGAAUUUUUAAUGAGGAACCAUGUCUGAAGCAUGCAGAACCCAGAGAAGAAAAGUUGAGUUGCUUUGCCCUCUUCCCUUUUAAGAGUGAAUUGUUUUAAGAGUCCAUUGUGGAUGGACUGCAUGGUCAUGGUUUUGGCUGGGAUAGUGGAACAGAGAUGGAGCUGAGCGCAAGGUUUGGGCUCUCACCCUCUCUACUCAAGGCCAUUCUACUUUCUGACAUUGGCACAUUAUUUCAAUGCCAUAGAGACUUAAUAAACCAUCAAACUGGAAUUUGACUGAAAUUGCUGCAGCUUUCCCCAGUGUAUCUUCAGUAUUUUACAUCUUUGUUAGCUGCUGAGUUUAUUGAAAAUGCCAGGUUGCUAAACUGGUGGAAGCCAUCAACUUGUCACUUAGACCCAAAUAUAUUCAAGUGCCAAAUAAACACAUUAGUAAUGACUUCUUGGAAAGAUUGAGAGAGAAUUCUUAGUUCCCUUUAGUGAGCUGAUCAUUCAAAAUUAAGAUAUAAACUUUCGUGUUUCUCUUUAACAAUUCUACAGCUUUGGCGGUAAUAAUGACUAACAAUGAUUUUAAUCACUCCCUGUAAGUGACCUUUUCCUAUUUUAAUAUAUUCUGUUAAAUAAUCUCAGCUUUCUGUAUUUGGCAUCAUUGAGAAAUUGAACAAUUAAUUUUUUUUUUUUUUUUGUUAAGGGGUGACAUGACAUAGUUGAAACAGUUCAGAGGAAAACACUUCAGUGUAAGUCACAGUGUUUCAGUGCUUACUGGGUAGAACUGUUCACAGGUUGGGUAUUUCCAUUCACUGGAAAGUAUUCAACAAACUUAUUUCUGAGCUGGGACUUCAAAUACUCAGAAUUUCCUUUUUUUUUUUUUUUUUUUUUCAUUAUUAAAAAAAAGAACAGAAUGAAUUUUCUGUUUUGGAGGGUUUUCCACUCACUCAAGCAAGAACAGGAUGUAGGUGAGUAGGGGGUGGAAGUCCAGAUAUGGUCAGGAUGUUGUAGAAACCUCUCUCCCUCCUUCUCACCCAGAGCUGUGGUCGGGCAGCAGCUGAGAGCUACAGGAACAGGCAAGGUGGGACUGCGAGGAGCAGUUCUGCUGAGUUACUGAAGGUUCAUCAAGAUAAUCCCCAAAUACUUCUGUUUUAAACAAUAUUUGCAAAAUAUGUUUUAGGGGAGCAUCACCAGCUGUAGAAAUGUAGCUUCUAGAUAAUACUGAGAAUCCAAAUGCAAAACCAGAUUAAAAUCUCUCUAUUUGGAUGAACUUUCUGCAAGCUGUUGAACCAAGGUGAUAGCAGGAGACUCAGAUCACAUGAUGUAACAAAAUCCACACUGUUACCACAGCAAAGCAAUGUGGGUUUGGGUGGGUGGCACGGGGAAGAGAAACCUUCUCUUGGGUCCGGAAACUCUGUCUCAGGUUUCUAACGUGUAAGGGCCUGAGGGCUUGUUGAUGACUUAUGGGGUUUUUUUGGGGUUGGUUUUUUCAAUCUGUUUUUCCAAUAUGCUGGUUAUGUAAAUGAAAUCCUUUCUCUUUGUUUGUAAACCUUGUGGUGUUUAUCACUGAAGGACCCCUUCUAUGGCCAUUCUCUGGUUAUUUCUUGGUUUUCUGAAGAUAGUAAUUCAGUGGGGAAAGACAAUUAGUGCUGUCUCCACAGAGCUGAAAACCAGCCAGUGUACUCUAGUAAUAUUCUCUGCUUCUUGUUUGGCUUUUGCUAAAAUGCUGCAAUUAUUUUCAUGACUCUUGCACGAAGCAGCUACUGUUGUGUUGUGUUGUUUAAUUCCCCCAGUUAUUUUCCUAUUUUAUGUAUUCUCCCCCCAGUUCUGUGAAAUGGUUCCUCCCUCCCCUGGUUUUCCCGCCACUGCCUUCCCUGUCGGUUUGUCUCCAUGGUUACCCCCUUCCCCCUCAACAGUCAAUCGCCCCUGUUAUGUAAUCUCCCCUCCCUUAUUCUCCUUAUAAGUAAGUUUUUUCUCCUCCCUGGGCCCAGUCAAUCACCCCCCACUCCUCCCAGGCUUCCAGAAUCUUCUCCUCUCUGGGGGCUGUGGUUGGCUGUGGUCCCGGGGCCCCUCCUUUAUGUUGUAUUUAUUGGUUACUCCCCUAUGUCAAUUAGGUUUGUACUUUUCCCAGAUUGGCUAGUUGGGCUCCCCUCCUCUCUCCACCCCUUCGUUUUAAAACUGUACCUCUCCCCCCUUCUUGUGGCCACUUGCUGGUUGGCACCCUCCCGUCCUGUUCCUGCCAUCGAGCCACCAAUAAACCGGAGUUAGCCCCCA